UGAGCUUCUCUCUUGUAGGUGAUCCAGGUUGAGGGUCUUCGGUGUAACUUGGAGUUUAGCUAGACUUGGUGCCGAGGUCUCGAUAUUCAAUAAAGCUUUUGAUUUUUCAGUUCUUCGAUGGCAAGGGGUCUAUUAUGGGCAACCACAGAGGACUUGGUGCGUAACAGAGGGAGAGUCCUCUCUCUAUAUCGUCAAUUGCUAAGGAGCCUUAAUUCUCCCAAACUGCCACUAAACUUAGCGGCGAGAUUGGCCAAGAAGGCAGAGCUCCGCACCAUCUUCAUGCUGGGUUCUGAGGAGCAUUCUCUCCACAAUAUCGCUGACCUCAUUGAAACUGCUGAGUACUCUCUCUCCCUUCUAAAGGAAGGUGAAAUCCCCAAAUACAUACAAUGAUUGAGUGUCUCCAUUGGACAGGUUAGCUAGUCACAACAGGAAGAAGAGGAAGAGGUUGAAGAGAAAUGAGGGG